GAUUCUGCAUGAUGUCCCUUGAUCAAAUUGCUCCAAUUCAGUACUUAUCACAGGACGUUAAAAAUCAGCUGAGAUCUGGUAUAGCCACGCCAUCAGUUGUCCAAUGUGUAGAGGAAUUAGUUGUGAAUAGUAUUGAUGCUGGAGCUUCGUGUAUUGCUGUACGUGUAGAUCUGCCAGACUGUAAAGUUCAGGUUGUAGACAAUGGAAGGGGAAUCACUAAAGAUGAUAUGCUCUAUGUUGGUGAGAGAUAUGCUACUAGUAAGUGUCAUGACACAAAAGAUCUUGAAAACAUAUCCCAUUAUGGGUAUAGAGGGGAAGCUCUGGCAAGUAUUAAGGAGAUUUCUUCAGUGCUGGAGAUCAGUUCACGAGCCAGAGGGUCUGAAGUCACAUACAGCAAACUGUAUCGACAUGGAAAAGAUCAAGGUAUCUCAAAGCAUUCCAAAGUGAGGCCAAGUGGAGGGACAACAGUUGCAGCUCAUAAUGUUUUCUAUAACUUGCCUGUGAGGCGCAAGGUGCUCUGCAGUCCUCUGGUGUAUGAACAAAUCUGCAAGCGACUCCAGGCGAUAUCCUUGAUCCAUCCUCAAAUCUCACUUACUCUUCGAAAUGACAGCACAGGAGUCAAAUCAAUACAAACACACAACUCUUCAUCCAUUGUUCAAACAUUUGGGUACCUCUUCGGCAAGGAUGUAGCAGAUUGCUUGAAAGAGGUGAAUCACAUUCGCACAAUCUUCAACGUUUCAGGAUUUAUUGGAUCAACCAGUUUUCGUAACAAGUCCUUGCAGUUUGUUUAUGUGAAUGGCAGAUUAGUGCUGAAGACGAAAAUUCACAAACUCAUAAAUGAGCUUCUCAGUAACUCACUUGUUACAAAGAGUAAAGGAAAGAAUCAAGACACAGCGCUAGGAUACACUAUGAAGUCCAACGCUGCAAGUUCAACCUGCCAACCUAGCCCUGGAGGGAACCAAGUGGAGUAUGGCAUCUUUGUGUUGAACAUCACUUGCCCUCGCAGUGAGUAUGACAUCACGUUAGACCCAUCCAAAACCUUGAUAGAGUUUAGGGACUGGGAAGGAGCCGUAACCUGUGUGCAUGAGCUGGUUACAUCUUUUCUCCACAGAGAACAUCUUACAAUGAAACUAACUGUAACACAGAAAGGAAGCGAAGCAGGACUUCAGGAGAGGGAUUCAUUAUCAAGUGAUAAUAUGGAAUCAAAGGAGACAGAUGUGUGUGUCAAUGCCAUCAGUACAACUGAUUGUACAAAUGCAGUACAAUCAACAUGUGUAAGAAGACAAACCAUCCCUGUGCCACAUGUUAGCCCCAUGGUGGAUGACCAGAACCCUUGUGAUGUAGAGACAAUAGCUGACAGUAAUGGGGAAGGUGAUGGGGCAUGCACAGAUGUGUCUUUAAAUAAUCCUGACAAGACACCAGAUGCAUUCGGAGAUGCUACCGAAAGGAUGGAUGAACCUGAUAUCAUACAAUCAGAUGCAAGCGAAACAAUAAUACCUCAGUGUGAGCUUAACACUCAUGCUGACUCAGAAAAGAUUAUUCCAACAAGCGCAAGUAACCAUACGGAUCCUGUUGUAGAUGCACAUUGUCAGCCCUGUGGGGGUAUUUUGGCAACUAAACCUGUGCCAACAACACCUGAUAUUGAGAAGAAGGCAAGUGAUAGUCCUCUGAAAAUGCAGUCAGUGACUGCAGAAGCUCUCUUGACAUCAUCAUCUUCAGAACUUGAUGUAUGUUCUAGUGAGGAGACACUAACCAGCAGUGAAGUGGAAAUAAGAACACCUGAGUCAGAUGUACACCAGUGCUGUGAUGCUCGCUGUAGGUCGUUACGAAGAGAUGACACUGACUCUGGACUAAAAGUUGCUGAUCUUCUUUCCCCUAGAACCAAGCUUGCUGUAAAGGCAAGGAACUCUCUAUCAAUGUUCAGGAGAUCAGUAAAGAAGAAGAGAUUAACAAAGGCAGGGAAGGAUGAGUCAUCUAAGAAAUCUGAACAGAAAGUCAAUAAGCAUCUGCAAUUUGUUACAGCCAGUGAACACAAAACAAUUGCAUUGAGAUGGCAUAGGAGUCCAGGAUUCCGAAGCAGAUUGGAAAAUCUGAACAUCAAAUGUCAGGACAGGCAGGAACAGAGGAUGAACCCAAUGAUGGAUGUACUUCAAAGACUGUCAUCAUCUAGUGGACCCAACCAACCAAACAAUGAUAUGGGUGCUUCUAGUUCACCAAGUAGCAGCUCUAGGAAGGAAGUAUGUCAAAACCAUCAGCAUACAAGUACUGAUGAGAAUAGCAAACCAGAUCAUCAUAAAAAAUGUCUUCAUGUGGCAGAAAUACUUGAAAACAAUGCCGAUCAGCAUUUUAGUGACAAACACAAUGUUUCCACUGUCAGUGUAGAUGAAAAGGAAGGUAAUCCAGCUGAACACAAAGAACACCUUGUUCAAGACUCAGAAGGGCAAAUUACAAUUGAUGCAGGCAGAGAUAAAUGUACAGAAGUCACUACAGGAGAAUACUGUGUAAGAGGAAGGAUUAGUGGUAAUGCCCCAUGCAUCCCAACAAGUUCUAUGUUAGAAUCGACACACACUAAGAAGAGGGUAGCAGAUUAUCCCAAUUGUCUAAUCAUUGCUGAGGAACAGAAGAAAGUGGUACCUUGCGCAAACAGUACAUCACAAAGCAGUACAUUGAACUCUUCAGCUUCAGCUGAAAUGCCAAGAAAAUUCUUGACCUCCACUUCGUUCAUGGUAAGUGCAUGUGAGGUCUUUGACAGAGAACCAUCACAAACCUCCAGUCAAACUGAUGGUUGCACAAAAAUCAACAAUGCUGAACUUAAACAGGCAGUCAACCAGAGUGCUAGAGAAGCAGAUGAUGCACAUGUAAUGACACAGCCAAAUCAGCAGAGACCUGUUGCUGUACCUCCCUGCAAUGCAACAGAACCAUUUAGUGUUCAUGAUGAAUAUGAAUUUGCUGAGGGUGCAGAAGGUCUGUAUAGGAAUAACAUUGAUGAUCAAACAUUAGAUGAUGGCACAUCAUGCCCAUCGAUGGAAGGAGACAUAACAUUAAUUGUAGCACCAGGGAUCCAACUAAUGAAUGAAGAGGAUACAGUUGUAGAUGAUGAUCAAGGUGCUAUAAAAAGCUUGCUGCUAGACGUUAAUGAAAAUGAGUUAAAGGGAAGCAUUGUAGACCUGACUACUGAGCCUGAUACUGUAAGUGAAAAUAUGGAUCUUCUGGAUACCAUCGAUGCAGAUGAAUCAAUUUCGUUACUUUACAUACCUCACCAAGAUGAAGGUCUGUGUAACAAUACAAAAUCAUAUCAAGAAUCAAUCAGUUUAUCAGAACAACCAGGUAAAGAAAGAGUUAUUAGCACUGAUAUUCAAUGCACGGAAAUGUCAACUGCGCUAGUAGCAUCUUCACUAUCACCAUCCGUUACACACCAGAAUAAUGAUGAUCUGGAUGUCACUGGUGACCUAGAUGUUACAUCCACUCACGUCAGACACUGUGUUGGAGAUGAUGAAGUAGAGAUAUCUAGCCAUGAUAACCUAUCUUCACAAUCAUCUAAGGUAUGCGAAUCCUUCCAUCCAACUGAAAAUGAAGUCAUGGAUGCCACUAUACCAUCUGCAGGAAACACUGAUGGAGAGUUUGUGAUAGAGAACAGAGAAUGGUACAGUGUGUAUGAUGUUUCAAGGGGUAUGAAAGUCUUUAUCAAUCGCUUUAAUGGAAACUGCUCUAUGGAAAAACCUGAAGAAGGUCCAGGAAUGAACCAGGAAGCAAGGCAGAUCAGUGAAGACACUCAAUUCAGCAUGGUAACAAAAAGUGAUACAUUGGCCCAUCCGCAUCUGCCACACAGUGCGGCACCAUUUGUGACCAGCCUGAGAGAUAAAAAGGAAUCAUCCCAUUCCCGUGAUCCUCCAGUCACACAUGCUACCAUGGCAACCAUUGAUGCUGCGAUGGAAGAGAGCCAAGAAGAAGAUGAUGAGCUAUCCAUGGUCAAGUGGGGCAAUUCAAGUCAGAUUUCAGGAAAGGGCUGUGCAACCGAUGAAGCUCCUCAUUUCUUAAAAUCCGAUCAAGCGGAGACGGGAUGUAGAUUUUUAACAUCUAAUGUGAGUGAGGGUUUAUCCAGUGUUGAUGCAAAGUUUCAGGCCAUGGUUUUAUCCUCACUCAAUCCAUGUCAGUUCACCAAGGCCAUGUUCAACAGUAUCAAGGUCCUUGGCCAGGUGGAUACUAAGUUCAUAGCGUGUCUGGUGAACAGUGAUUAUGACAAGAACCCAGCAGGAGAAUCUAACCUUCUCAUUCUGGUUGAUCAACAUGCUGCACAUGAGCGCAUCAGACUUGAAAUGCUUAUUCAAGAUGCAUAUACACCACGCGUUGAUACUGAUGAUAUUGACAACGACAAAACGAGAUGUAUCCGUACUUCUGAAGUCACUCCAGCCCUCCGUAUCGGCCUGUCACCAUCUGAGCUCAGAUUAUUGGAGGCCUACAGUCCCAAGAUGAAGAGGAUUGGUAUAGAAUACACAUUGUCUGGAGACAGUGCCAUGGUAACACAUCUACCAGCAUGUUUCGUGGAGAAAGAAGCAAAUGAGCUCAAGAGAGGGCGCCAGACCAUCGCUACCAGUAUGGCUGAGACGUUAAUCAAGGAAGUAUUAGACUCAAUACAGCAUCAAUCUGGAGCUGUGUCAUCUCUACCGAAGACAAUCACAAGGAUUCUCAAUUCUCAAGCUUGUCAUGGUGCUAUUAAGUUUGGAGACACUCUGGACCGUGAUGAAUGCAAGACUCUGAUAGGUCAGCUGUCAUCAUGUGACUUGCCUUUUCAAUGUGCUCAUGGCCGUCCAGCACUUAUGCCUAUUUUUGACUUUAAGAAAAUAAAGCAUGGAGUCAGUGAGAAGGUUACACCACAAGUUUGGAAGCUGAAGUAUCUCUCAUCAGGUACAACUACACAAGCAUGAUUUGAUAUCAUCUCAGAUUAAAGAAUGUAUACCUGAUACCAAAGGAAAUGAUAUAUGAAUGUUCAAUGAAGCAUGAAGGGUUUUAACAAUGUAGGUGUUGACUAUCUGGAACACCAAAAGAAGCUUAAGAAAAUGGUAAAUAUCAGGAUUGUUUUCCAUAAAACAUGGCUUUACACUAAAUCAAAUAAUGGGUUGCCAAAUUAAACAACCAACAUGUGCCUAAAUUAGAGGCAAGGGGGUGGGGAAAGGGUAGGGUUGUUAGAAAAAAAAAGUGUUUUUUUUUUUUUUUACUCAUUUAAAUUGUUUGAUAAAUCUCACUUUUAAAUGCUGUAGAUUCAUUGACUUACUACAUAAUCACUUGUAGCCCCCCCCCCCCCAUUAUUUCUUGGAGUGAUGUUAAAGUAUCAAAUGCAUACAUGUUCUUUUAUAAAAGGUUGUCUUACUUUUUUUUCAAAGGAGAAUCAAGCAGCUCCUUUUCACCCAGAGUUAUUAGGAACUUAAAAUCACAUGUCUGAUAUUGUUAUUAUUUUUAUUAUUAUUAUUUU